AGCGUAUUCGUGACAUUGGCCGCUCAUGAAUGAAAUAGCGCACUCAGCCGUACAACUCGUAGUGGCAAUGUGUGUGGAUAUUGGAUGUGUGGAUGUUUCUCUGAUUCCGGAUUAAUGUUUAAAGAAGAGUGUUUGUUUAUGGUGUUUUGCAGAUAGAUCUUGGAUGACUUUGCUCAAUAACCCGUACUUGUAUUUCGGGACGAAACGUUCCAUUUUCUUGUCAGGCAUCUAACAAAAGAUAUACUACUUCUCCAACGUUGUGUUCUGAUGGUAAACAUAAAGGACAUAUUUUGAUGUUUAUCAUGGGUUUUAGAAGUGAAUUCCGCACUUGCAACUUUGGACUGAACCACAAUGAACCUCAAAGAUUUGUUACAUCCCAGUGGGGCCACCCCUGUCUGUACCUGUCCUGGAGGAUAUUCUGGGCUCUGUUUCAUACAUCCUGGCUGGUCAGUAGUAUGGUAUAUUCCACCAAAGUGACGUCAUCACCGCUAGGUGGCGCUGUGUGGUUCAUCUACCUCACCAACUGGACCUACCUCCUGCUGACCUUCAGUGCUGUCCUGGACGCAGUCAUCGUCGUUUUCGUCAGGAUCAACAGACAGGACAUCAUAAAGGGUUUCACGUCACACCUGCCGUGGUACAUAAAGGUAUCCUGGCUCCUCAACAGUGUCGUCACUGAAGGGAGUUUACACAUCAGCGCCAUCUACUGGAUCUUCGUUUUCAAGGAUCAAGAUUUGACCCUGCUGAGAUUCAUCCUCCACGGCAUGAAUUCCAUCUACGUCUUCUGCAACCUCCUCGUCGUGAACCUGCCAGUUCGUGUGUAUCACGUGAUCUACCCAGUUAUCUAUGGCGUCAUCUACACAGUUUUCAGUAUCGUAUAUCACAUACUUGGUGGGGCCAAUGAAAAGGGAGAACCGUAUAUCUACAAGAUUCUUGAUUGGUCCAAACUGAAGCGGACUCUACCUCUUGUGUUUCUGAGCACCUUUGUGGCUCUACCCUGUUUCUACAUGGUCGUAUAUUUUACUCACAUACUCAGAAUAUAUGUACGUUCAAAAUGUCUGAAAAGCAACGAGGAUACAAGGAUUCUUGAUUCAUCGAUUGAAAGAAGUGACAGUGAAUGUGCACGUGUUUGAACAAGCACCUCAUGUCUGGGUCUGACCUUGUUAUACACUGGAACAUCACAUACCAUCACAUACAUGGUCCAUUCAGAAUUGCGUCUUGUGAAAGACUUGGCACAAUUAACAGACUACACAUUAUAGUCAAUAAUUAUUACAAUCUGUCGUGGAACAAACUCUCCUGACGCCUGCCUAUACUAAAUGACUGACAGUGACAUGAUCACAAACAUAUACCUCUGCUGCAGCUAUCGAUUUACUAUGAACAUAAUGAUAUUCGGUGUGUACUUAGAUCUCACCUCGUACGUAUAACAAAAGGUGUUCAUGUUCAAGAGCCCUUCCUGUACCCCAUGCCAGGAUGAGCUGGAUCAAGUGGGGGUCCAACCGUCAGUCCCUGUGUCAGCUUGGACCGUCAGUCAAGUUAGCUAUCACGAUUGUUUUCAGAGUAUAAUCAUACAGGUGAAAUAUUUUCGAAUGCGGACUACUGCCACAAACAAACAAAUUGUCUCCCAUUCAGAAACAGCUUCGUUAAAUUGGUACUUUUCAAACUAAUUGAUAUUUGGGAAAUCUUCUUUUCCUUACAAAUAAAAGUUGUACCACAAUC